UGCGUUGCGCCGGUGCCACGUGCCUGUCUUGCCCCGCGAAACUGUUUGUUGUACGAGAAAAAAAUGUAGUCGAAUCCCUUGCGGAGAGACGUAACACGCGAUGGUUCGAAAUUCGAAAUCGUAUUUUGAAUUUAUUUUUUUCGUCCAGAAACCUUUGCGUACAUUUGCAUAUUAAGUUCGGGAAUUGGGUUCUUUUUAUGUCGUGACUUGUGUGGUAGUGAAUUUCAACUGGGUGUGUUUUUACGCUGGGACUGUAAUUAUUGUAAUUAUAGACAAACAAUGGAAAUGCAAGAAAAACAACUCAAACACGCAAGCAAAUAAGAUACCAUGGCGGCAAACGCAAUACUCACUGUACAAUGUCAACGACCGACCAAACACCAGAUUCCGACCAAAUUAAAAAUGAACAGUAUCCCUACUAACGUCAUAGCAACAGUGAUACUGCUCGCAUCGUUGCCUUAUAUAUCCACCCUCAAUCUCCCGAGUGGUGAUCCAGCUCCGGGACGUUCACCAGGACCACCUUUCAAUGAAAAAUCAGAGAGCAAUAUAGAAGUGCCAGUCGAAGAACCAGUUUACGACGAAAUGACGACCACCGACGAAGUUCCGACGACAGUUAGUGAAGCGAGUGUGAGUGAGACAACCGAUGCGUGUUCGUACGCACUGGUGCCGAGUGACAGUGACGACAUUGUGACAUUGAGUGAACGAAACAGUGACGUCAACUUGUCGGUCAGUCAUUCGGUGUUUGAUAGUGAGGAGCUUGUGAAAGGAGUCGUUUAUGAAGUUCACCUCCAGUUCGAAGAUACAUCACUGAAAGACUACGUCCUGUACUCCUUAGUGGGCAGUCUAAUCCGUGGCAACUUCACACCAACCAGUCUUUCCGAAAGACCAUGCAGAGACGUGGAACCGCUCCCGUAUUUCAUGCCCAAACACGAAAGACUGCAGAAGCAUAAAACGUGGCACGACGAACUAGUGGACUAUAGGACAAACAGUGAGUUCCAUGGCUACUACUUCAGACCGAAGUACCGUAGUGUUGCGCGCUUUGAACGUUCGGUGUACAAAUUCGGGAAACGGUACCGGUACGUGUCGGCUAGGGUUGUGCGCGGCCCGCUCGGAGCCAGGGCUGGGGUGAUGCUGCACUGGUCCCUGAUGGAUGCCUCGAGAUUAGACAGCGAGGAAACUAGUGUUGUUUUUAGGUUACGUUAUAGGAAAACAACGAGUGCCACCAUAUACCAAGUGUUCUUUACUAAAACUUUAAGACUAGAUUGUGCGAUACACAUUAGAGCGACGCGGUCCGGUCGAGUGCACUCCGGCCACCUGCCGCGUGCUCACAGCUGCCGCCUGCUCUUCCCUCCCCCCGCCCCGAAGAACGCCCUCCUCAUCGACCUGCACAAACUCAACGUGCCUUGCUCCACCGGCUCCGUCAAACUCUCCCCAAACGCACCCACACUAUGCGGGAAACUAGAACAAAUACCAAUCCCUAACAGAAGAUACAUCUACCAAUCAUCAAACAACCCAGAAAUAGAACUCCACGGUCGACCCACGUUCGCCGCGACUUACCGUCUCGUAGACCAUUGCCACGAUGUUCUCUUGACGGCGAGAAACGGCUCGUUCGAAGUCGGACCUACCACAAAGUUGUUCUGCUCGUACAAAAUCCACCUUCCCUACGGUAAUCGGGUAGCUCUGCGUCUCCAAAUGGGUACAGGGCCUAUAAAGAAGAACGGUGACAACUCGAAUAUAAUCCAUGAAGACACUCACGCUUUUUGCAGAGGAAUGGAGUUGAGUCUAGUUGACGGUGAAGCGAAAUGGAAGCAUUGCUCCCAACCGGGUGACCCAUUGCGUAGCGUCCAAAUAAUUUCUGAACGAAACUCUGUGAGGUUAAACAUUAGUAUUUUAGCGAAGAGGAAUUCUUCUGCCAUGUGGUUGAAAGUCUGGUGGAUGGAUAAAGCGGUAGAGGAAAUUAUCGGACACUGCGAUUACGGUUGGGUGGUGUCUGGAGACUUCUGUAUCACCGCAGUUAGAGAAGAGAAGAAAACGUGGAGACAAGCGGAGAUGGAUUGCAUCAGACUCGGCGGCCAUCUCGUCAGCAUACAAAAUGAACGCCAGCAACAAAUUAUGGACCAACUACUUAGUCACGCACCUGGUGCUAGCAUAGAAGACGUGUACUGGAUAGGAGCUACUGACGCCGUCCAUGAAGGGGAGUUCCGCUGGUCGGAUGAACUGCCUUUUUCUUAUGCACACUGGUUCCCGGGCUGGCGCAAGCACGGCGGUCAACCAAACGACGACGGCACGUCAGGCCAGGACUGCGUGGAGGCGCGCCGGGAGCUGCCCCCGCGCCCCGCGCACGCCUCCUUCCUGUGGAACGACCGCAGCUGUCGCGAGCACAACCACUACGUGUGCGAGAGACCGGGACUUGCAGAUCCCUACAAAGCAUCGAAAGUGCAAUGCAACGAGUCGAUAGUGCUGUCUCACUCGCACCCGCACGCCACUAUCUCCAGCCCCGGCUUUCCCCGCCCCUACCCGGACGAUGUCAACUGCGUCACCGAGGUCAGAGCUCCUCCAGCUCAUACCAUAAGGCUUCACUUCGAAGAGUUGCUGACUGAACAUGAACCACAUUGCAGCUACGAUUACCUGGAGGUCCUGGAGUCGGGGCUGGACAACGUGACGGAGCACGGCGAGGAGUGGGGCCACGACCACCACGUCUACCACGCAGACAAUGAGGUGUGGGAGGAGCUAGAGACGUUGCUGAGCGAGUCGGACGCGGUGGGCGCGGGCUGGGCGCGCGACACGCCGGCGACGCGCGCGCGACGCCUGUGCGGCGACUGGAGCGGCAAGCUGAAGCUGUUGCGCUACCAGUCGCGCGGGCCUGCGCUGCGCCUGCGCUUCCGCGCCGACCACUCGCGACACUACGCCGGCUACCGCGCCGACCUCACGCUCACCGACACACAGACGUGCAUGGACGUGAAGCAGGUGCUGUUCAACGGCUAUUGCUACCUGUUCUCCGGCUACCCGCAAGCCUCGUGGACUACCGCUAAACAGGUGUGCGAAGGCCUAAGCAUGCACCUGUCAUCCGUCCACACGCCUGAAGAGGAACGAUUUAUAGUGACUGGCAUCCGACAGAGCAGUGACUACAGUGCGGGCUCCGUUUACUGGUUGGGCGGGCGGUUGGGCGGCGAGCUGGCUUGGGCGGACGGCACCACAGUCGACUACCAGGCAUGGCCGCCCUACAACGAUACGGAGGACGUUGACGAUGCGUGCUUGGGUGUACAGUGGAAAACAUCCCCCGUACCGUCUCAACCCAGCGGCUUGUACUGGACGCUAUACAAGUGCGCCGCCACCGGGGGCUACGUGUGCAAGCGGCGGCUCAACUCCGAACACGUGCUCAGAAACAACACUGUGGAAGGAACGUCAGGUGUGUUAACAAGCCCGAAUCAUCCAGGUUUGUACGACACCGACUUGGACUAUUGGGUGCACGUGAUAGGCCCCCACGACACCCGCCUCAUUUUCAUCUUCACUAUCAUCGACUUGGAGUAUCAAAACGACUGCCUAUAUGAUUUUAUUGAGUUACGAGACCGUAAAUUUAGUUCAAAAUCUUCGAGAUAUUGCGGAUCAAUGACAGAAACCAGAUGGGUGGCAACAAGUAAUGAAGCGAUCCUGCACUUUCAUUCUGAUUAUAAUGUCCAGGGUACAGGGUUCAUGGUGAACUGGCGAGCGGUGGAGCUGGCGGGGUGUCCCUCCCAAACUUUCACUUCUAAAGAAGGAGUCCUGCACAGCCCAAACUACCCGCAAUUUAUGUUACCGGAAUUAGAUUGUACUAUUGACAUUUUCGCUCCCGCAGGAAAACGAGUCUUUUUAAAUAUCAGUUUCUUUGAUUUCGGCUACGGAACCUUUGAGAAUGGAGUCCCACUCAACGUGACCGAGGCAAUACCUGAAGAAAACUAUUUAGAAGUUCAAGUAGAUUCACAGAGUCCACCUGUUCGACCAUUUCUGAGUUCAAAAAUUCUAACUAACGGUUUAUUUGUAUCGCAAUCUGAAAUAUUGAGGCUGAGGCUGAAGACAGGAGAAAAUGUCACUGGCAUUGGAUUUCUGGCGCAUUUUAAAACAGUAUGGCACAUAAACGCAACACGCGUGCUGAAAUUGGGUGAGAACACACGAGGAAGAUUGACCGCUCCCAACUGGCCCGGUGAGCCGCCAUCCCAUAUGGCGGUGCGUACAAGACUGUAUGCGCCGCAUGGGCAUACUCUGUCUGCGGCGUUUGCUAGAACUACCCUCGCACCCAGCCAGAUUGUCUGGCCUUGUGGACAAGGGAAAGGGUGGAUUGAGGUUAUAGACAGUUAUACAGACAACAACGGAACGCAAUGGACACUCUGUGAAGUGGAGAAGAGUAAACGGAAGUUGGAAGCCAACGCUCCGCUGGUCAUCAACUCGUACCUCCACUCCUUGGUUGUGACGCAGCAUUCUGGGGAGCAUGGGAUGACUAUGGACGUGGCUGUUAUUGUGAACUUUGAUACUGAUUACCACAGUAAAAUAUUACUGCUCUCCGACGAGACGAAACUAGAAUCGUGUUACCCCAAUCCUUGCCAGCAUGGAGGACGAUGCGCCGCGGACGAUACAAGAAACUUCUGCCAGUGUUCGGGAUAUUAUACAGGUGCGUUUUGUCUUCUCACCGCUUGCGAGCGAUCUCCAUGCGUGUUCGGGAACUGUUCGCUAGUGGUGGGUGGUGGUGAGGAGGACGGCUACAACUGCGUUUGCGCCCGAGGGUGGAAAGGCAAACGAUGCGCCGACAGAGUCCGGCCCUGCUCUUCCAAACCGUGCAACAAUAGAGGCGCGUGUUUAGAAAGAGAUGGCACUUUUUUGUGCCAGUGUAACCCGUCUUGGAAAGGAAAAAGAUGCGAAAUACAAAACCCGUCACCCAAUAUAAUUGGUCUUGGAACACGGAUGAUACAAGAACCGUUCUGGCUGGGGCUUCUCACUGUAUUCUUAGUCCUCGGCUCCAUCGGACUCAUCUGGUGUGCUAAAAGACAUUUCCCCGAGAAGAUCGAGAAACUACUCGCCGAAGAAGCAGAUAGAUGCACAAGACCUCGGCCGGAGGCGCCGCACCGCACGCUGUUCGCGCGGCUCGGUAUCCGCAAGCCGUCCGUGUCGGGGCUAGCGCACGCGCGCGCGGCCCGCACCUUUAGUUUGGACGAUCUGUUAAAGCCGCCGCCAGGACGCACACCGUCGCCACGAAAAAAACGAAACAAUUCAACUCCCACGAAGAAAAAUGCAGCAGAAAAAAAGCAAAUUCUUCAACAACUAAUAAGUCCCUCUCCGGCUAACGAUCACUCCAAAAAAAUUACUAUGGGAGAAUUGAUACAGAUGUCCGAAAAAAGAACUUUAAGUACUGUAGAAAGUGCUCCUGCUUUUGUAGAAUACGGAGUAGAUUGUAGAGAUACUUCGUUUGCUAGUGAAGCUUCCUCGCCAUCUACCUCACCUUCAAUGAGGCAAAUAUCCGAUCCAAAACUGGAAAAGAAAGUUACAUUCGCCAGAUUACUGAACAAAGUUUCAGCUGAAAUGAGCUCUAGUUCAGAUGUUGAUAUGGUGAAUACAAUUGCUAUACCAAUGGCUGUUAUAGCUAAUAGGACAAUAAAAACAAAAGCAUCUAGUACUCCGCCAUCGCCAGGUGUAGAAGUCCGAUCUCCUCACAGUACGUCAAGUAAUCAAGGAAGUGAUUCUAUGUCAAGUCUUGAUUUAACAUUAGCACAUGCAGCUUUAAAGAAAUAUUCCCGAACACCAAAGAUUUCAAGUGCUGAUUCAAUUUUGGCAAUGUUCCGAAAUUUCUCGUCGUCGUCAGCGGCACUCGCGUCUCGCGCUUCGUCUGGUGGAAUAUCUGCGUCCAGCACCCCCACAGCAUCAUCACCACAAGACGAUACGGCUGAUGCUGAUGAUCUAUCUAUUACAUCUUCUCAUAUACCUUCAUUAGCACCUGACUCACCAGUUCUAAGACCUCAUAACACUAUUGAAAUACAGGUUGUGGAUCCACUGAGUUCUCACAAACAGUCAGCGUCUGGUAACCUUCUACAUCCACCAUCUAUCUUACUUGAAGUGCCCAGUAGUAUCAAUAAAUGUCUUUCACCCAUACGUGAACUACCAACUCCUUUACCUACUCCUCUUCCCACACCAAUGCCGACGCCUUUACCAUCGCCUCGAAUGCCUCGAGCUUCGAGUCAAAUUGAGUCAGAUGCUAAGAGCGACUCAACUAUUACAUGCAUAUCACCAAGUGAGGACGAGUUAGAUGAUAUCAGGCCAGAAAAAGUAGAUCGAUCGACUUGUGGAUUAAGAUUAAAGCUAAGACAAACAGUUCAGGCCGUAUGUGUGGAUACACCGACGCCGUCCACUCAAGUAACAGAUUCGCCGAGCCCUAGCAUCACUCAUAGUCAAGACUCUGAACGUGAGAUGUCUUCUCCUUCACCCGCUCCGCCUUCUUUAAGAGUUCCAGUUCUCACCAUAGAACGGCCUUCGCCGGGUUCCCCACCACCUAGAAGAACACCCCCACAUUUGGAUUUUCAACCACCGCCAUUGAUAACGGUAACCUGCAACGCUAGUGAAGAAUCCGAUGAACCGCUCUCUCCAAGACCUCCUCCCCCAACAGCAAACAUGUGUUAUUUAAGUCCAUUCUCAAUGUCAGCAAGAGGUGAAAGAGCUCCAUCAGAAUCCAAUUUAUCUUCAUCUGGAUAUAGCUCUAUGGCAAGUCCUGGGCCUUCUAGAUGUGGUUCUAGCAAUCCUUUAUGUCCAUCUGAAAUGGAGGACCCAGGUUCUGGUGGGGGACCAUCCUGUUUUCAAACGAGAAGGAGACCUCUUAUGAAAACUAACUCAAGCCCAGCCACGUCUAAUGACGGUGGAAAUGAAAGAAGAAGAGGUCGAUCAGAUUCUGAAACCCUAUCCGAUGAUCCUUUGUUAGAGUCAAACGAUGAAGGCAUAGGCACAGAUGAAAGAGUGGAUGAUGUCCCUGCGAGUGCAAAGGAAAUGGAGCAUCUGUCUGCUUUAAAGGAAACCUUGGAGAUACCGACAGCGACUUUAUGUUCGCCGAGUGGUGUCACCAAAUGUACAAUUGUUAAAUGUAUAAGCGUCGAACGCGGUUUGGAAGAAAAGGCUAGUCUUAAACCGCCCAUCCUAUUCUCGGAUUGCAGUCGCCCCUUAAGUCCUGUGAGUUCACGCAGUGAAAGUCCUUUAAGUGACAAGACCGGACUAGGUAGAUUCUCGCCACAAUUUUAUGGGAGACAGUUGCCGUUUACAGACUCAGAUGGACUUUACGACUUUCCUAGCUCAGAGUGUGUGAAAGGGAAUAAUUGUAAAAGCGGUGGUGCAUCCCACAGAAAGGCAGGUAGAAGAAAAGACAGGAGAACGUCUAGAACAACGUCACAUGAAGUGUCAGGAGCAGCGAAAUCUGCAUUACCCCAUAUGCCACAUUCGAUGCACAAUUUAUUAGAAGUACCCUGUUGUACUCAGAAUCGCGGUCGCAAAGUCGGGAGACGUAGAUCCAGGUCUCAAGCACCAGCAUUAGCGACCUCUUCGUCAUCUGAAGAGUCCGUCUCCAAUGCUUCUGUAGCAUCCGUCGCUUCAGCCAGGGAGUUAAGAUUACCAGAUUUAGAUAUGCAGCCAGAGUCCAGCAGGCAGAAGAAACCGCUGCGGAGGCAAAAGUGCAGGAGCUCUGAGGAUACUUCGUCCAAAAUAUCGUCAAGCCUGGAUCUGACAGAGGACUCUCGAAAGCCGGUGAAGAUAAACAAACUACGGACUAUUGGGAACCAAAUAAGAUUCCUCCGCCGUUUAGAAAGAAGCCUCAAAAUGAAAGAAAACUACCCGGCGAUAUCAGACGACGAAGGCGACGAGUCGUCCAGUGUAACCUCACCCUUACUACAAGGGAGGAAGGAACUUAAUCGAUUGCCCUGCCACGCGAUCUCCGCCCCUCUUCUAGGGGCUGCAAGGCCGAAAAUUACACGACAAAAGAGAUACGAAAAGUCUUUAUUAAAUGAAGACACAAGGACGUUAAGUGCCGCACCCGGUCAUGAUACUUCGGACUAGCGUAAAGCUUUUCAAUUUUUCAAUAUGAUAUUGUGUAAUACCAUAGACUAAAAUAAAAUUAUAGUUUGGCUGCCUUAAAAAUAAAUUGAUUGCUGCUUGAGAUAAACUAAUCCUACAUGUUUCAUCGAGAGGAUUAUUAACGUAGAUAAUUCUAUGUUAUCUAUGGUCUGAAUGCCUUACGAAUAAAAAGCAACUCUUUGUUAUUAGAAAUAAAGGUGAGUUACGCCCUUUCGAAAAAUGUUUUAAUAUUGAACGCGUUACCGAUUGUGUUACAGCGAGGGUGAAGAAUUGGAUGAAAUCUAUAUUUACCGUUUAUAGCGUGUUACGUACAUUAAAAGUAUACAAGAUUCUAAUCUAAUGUGAUAAUAUAACUUAUUGUACUAAGGACAUGAACUAGAUUUGUUGUUAUUAUGUAGUUCAAAACGUGAUUUUUAAUAUUAUAUUCUAUUGUAAAUAAGGUCUGCUUACGUAGAAUUAUCCAUAUGAGUGAGAUAUCUACAAAUAAAUGAAAUGAAAAAACUUUUGUCUUUUAUGGAAAUUUCUUUGUAGACAGACUUUAUAACUUUCAUUUCUUCUUUAGUUUCGUUUUGGUGUCUUGAACUUUCGAUAGUUAACUUAGUUAGGUGAAACUGUGUAAAUAAAUUUAUUAUAGCAAUAAACUUAUUUUAUAGGAUUGUAAGUAUAUUUUAUUAUGUUUAAACAGAUGUAGAUUUAAUAUAAUAUACUAUCUUAUGAAUAAAAUUAACCCUUAUUUUCUGUUAGCAUAAAUAUGAAGUUAAAAGGUAAAUAGCUAUUUAGGGUUGCAAGAUGUGAGGUACGAGUAACUUCGCCCAGAAAAUUAUGAUGUUUCGUAGUCUUUUUACGGAAAACAUGUAUUUGGUUAACUUAUUAAAACGUAUAAUUGUAAUUGUAAGCAAUAUAAAAUUGGCGACACAUGUGUAUAAUAUUGACUAAUAAGUAAUGAAAUUCCUUAACCUCAAAAUUAGGUUCAUUUAAUGUUAGCAUACCUACCUUAAAAUUAAUUUUUACAUUUUAUUUAGCUUACAAAUAAUACAAUUAUUAGAUGAUAUUUAAAAAAUAAGAUUCAAAGAAUUUCUCCACAUCGAGCAACUCUACUAAGUUCUCAAAACAUGUGUGGUGUUUAUUUGAAGUUUGCACUUUGCUAACUAUAAUUUCUUGUUAAAUACUUAAAGUCUAAUGUAAAAAAGAAAUGUUUUUGUAAAUAUUUUUAAACGUAUUGCUCAAAUGCAUAUUUUGUGAGUUGUCUUUUGUGCACUAUUUGCUACUUUGUAAAUAAAACUAUUGUUUGAUAAUGUAAAUACCAGGUUGCGUGAGAAAUUGUUCUUUCUGUGUAAGUACUAUUUGCUAUAAACUUGUUUACGCUAAUUAUAUAAAAAUUGCCAUCCAUAAAAUAAUUUCAAGAAAACUAUUUAAAAUUUAUUCUGUUCCUCAUAUCCUUCCGUAAAUUUUAACCUUAUCGCAGAAUUAUAAUAUUUUAUCAUUACUAGCGAACACCCGCAACUUCGUCCACCCUUAGACUUUGAGUCGUUUUUAUAAACAUGGCAGUAAGUAAGCAAGCAAUUAUGUUAUUAUUUUAUCAAAAUGUUUUUCAUAUUUUGUGGAUAAAAUAAGGAGUUUCAACUCCUUCAAAAUUGUAUAGGUGUAAGACCUACGCUUUCUAACCCAACUUCUCUCUCUCUCUCUCUCUAUGUCUCUCUGUGACGCAAACGCAGUUUCUACGUGGGUCAGGGUAAAUGUCUAUGAAAAUAUUAAAUCACAUUGUUAUGAAAAAAUAUUUAUCUUAUAAAUAAAAAAUAUUUUUUUUAUUAAUUUUUACUAAAUUGGCAAUUUUUAAAUAAUUAGAGUUUAAAUUGUUAGUGUGUAAGUUCAAAAAUAAAUCGAAGGCCCAAAAAAAUUGGUAUACCAAAAUGCACAAUUACUAUUAUCUACUUCUAUGAUACAAUCGCAAAUUGUAUAAAAUAUAAGCACAUGUUUAACUCUUUAAAAAAAACGUUUAAAAGCUAUAAGAAAAGUAGACUUUGCGCGAAACUAAAAUUUUUUAUAAACGCACGAUUUUAUUUGAAAGAAUUUUAACAGGAAAUUAUAUAAUUUAAUUGGAUGUCAGUUAGUUCAGAGAUUGAUAUGAAUAGUAUAAACAUGAAAAUAUUUAAAAUCCCAAAAAAAAUUGGAUGUCUUUCUCUCAUUAACUUCAUACUUGUAUGUCGUGUGUUGUCACAUAAAAACUGAUUAUACUUUAUUCUCAAUUACAGAAAAAGGUGUAAAUGUAAUGCUAGUAACAUAUUCAGCAAUAAAUACAUGUGAUCGAAUUGUUCAAAGACUGACGUUUUAUAUGUCAUAAUAUGUCAGUUAGGCUAAACUUUGGAUUUAAAGAAAUUGCCAAAUACGCCAAGCAACAAAAGUUUAUCCGGACAUUAAAACUGAGAAAGUAUUCCCAAAAUAAAAUUUUUCGUAUUCACACACCACAGUAAUAUACUAGGGUGUGUGAAUACGAAUAAUUUUCCAAAUUUUAAAAAAAUAUAUAUUUCAAAUUGUAAAUUUUGAACAGGCAAGUAAAGACAACUUACGUAGUUCAGAAAAGUCAUGGGCUAAUAAACUAAGCAAGAACCAUUCCGCUUGAUAUUAAUAUAAUUAUAAUUUUGUUUUCAUAUUUUGCAAUUUCUAUAAAUUCGAAGUUUACUUCUUAAAUGUAUUGUCUUAUCUAUUAGUCUAUAUUUAUAGGUAGGUACCCAGACAAGGUACAGUGGGCCUACCAUCGACCUACUCUAUUGUACCACGACAUCCUAGAAGACCCUGGUAGUUUUAUAUGAUCACUACUUGAACCGAUCUAAUUGGUCAGUUUAAUUGAUAUUAUAUAUAAUAUCGAUUUAUAUGCUUAGGAAAUUAGGUACGAAAUUGAAUUGCAAUGGAAUUGAAAACGUACAUUUUACGUUGACAGUUGGCCCAUUUAAAUUAUAAAUUACUGCAUAAUUUAUCAAUAAUUGAUCAUUUACGGUAAUGUCUGAUUUUAAGUAUUUACUACACCACUCAAUAUCUAUAAUCUAUUUUUCGAUGCACAACAUCUACUACACUUUUUACAUGUAUAAAAUAAUCGGUUUGAUUUAACUCUUAAAUUAUUUAUAAAUACACUUAUUCUCAUGGCUUAAGAUUUACCGAAUUAGUGUUACUAUUAAAAAUAUUUAUACAAUAUCUGGCAUUUUAGAUUACACAACUAGCUUUAGAGAAACAAAUCGUGUCUGAUGUCUAACUCACAGACAAAGUAUGAACUUCAUAACAUAAUAAAACCUACCGAUGAGAGAUCAUUUACAUCUUUCCAACGCCCAUAGUGUAAUCUAAACUGCUGGGUCCUGUAAACCAAUGGCCUGUUUUUGAGACUGAUUUUCUAAAAUUUAUUCUUAAUAUUGCAGUUUUAUGUUCAGAUACUUUUGCACUUACCCAUAUAUACUCGUAUAUCACUAUUUUAUUGUUAUAACAAAAGUUUAAAUCUACUAAUGUUGCCUUUUCUCUCGAAGUUAAAGUAAGCUUAACGGGUACGAUGUAAACUUCUUUGACUUUGAUUGAUUCUUUAAAGAAUCUUUGAUUUUAAUACGUGUUAAACGCCCAACGAUUUAAAUCUUUGGCAUAUAUUUGGUCUUUGGUAUUUGGCUCUCAAAUUUAUUAUAUUGAUAUUAGAGUUCAUUUUUAUUUUAGCAUCCCAAUACCUAUAAAUAUACAAAGACAAAAAUAUGAUUCAAAAUUUCUGAAAGAUUGUUUUUUAAAUAUUACUCUUAUUAUUUGAUUUAUAUUUACGUUUAAAAAAGUUUUUGUUUAUGAAUAUAUUAAAUAGGCAUGGUUUGUUCGAUAAAUUAAAAAUUGUUACUACCGUAGAUGUAGAAAAAAAAUGUAAGCAAUAAAUCAAUGCAGCACCAUAAUAACAUGAAAAAAAUAUGUAAACUAUUCUUCAAAAAAAACAAUCGCUUUCAUAGUUAGUUAUUUUCUGUAAAUAGGUAAUUGGAUAAAUUUAGUAUAUUUUUAUUAUUUAAAAUAAAUAAAUCUCGCGGAUAACGGUCACAUAAAAUAUUAUCUUAAAUUUUUUUUUUUUUAUGACCGAAUAAACUCCUAUAUACGUUUUAUUUUUGCACCUAUAAUAAAUUUACGUACCAAUUGUUUGAAAAAAAACUUUUCGAAUUUAAAAAUUUAAGUAAACAUAGAAUAUCUAUAUAAUAAUAUAGUAGGACCAUUAUUUUAACAUAAGUUCACUUACUAAUAAGAAUAAAGUGCACCUUUGUAGGUUAAGAUCUGAUUAAAAAUAUAAGGACACCAAAAGAUUUUUGGGUUUCUUUCAUAUUUAAUUUACAUUCUUAAAAAGUUACAAAGAAAACCAUAAAAUACAAAUCACUAAUCAGCUUGCACCAAACUUUUCUAUACCAUAUUUGAAAUAUCAGUAAAUUUGCGGCUUUACUAAAUUCGCAACUUCACUGCAACUUGACAUUUGCACUAUUUUAAUAAUGACCUUAAUAAACAUAAAAUCAACAAAUCAAUUGAAAGGAAUCAAUCAAAUUGUAAAUAAUUUAACUAGAUAUACGAAUAUCGAAAAUUGUUUUAGAAGAAGCCUUACUUUUCAAAGGUUUUUUUUUCUAUUUUACGUUUUCUAUCAAUAAACUAACACAAUACCUAUUUUAUUAGAUCAGUCAUCAGAUGAAAUACUUAACUGAUCAUACGCCUAAGUUAUCAAAGAUUUUUUUAUUUCACUUAUUGAAUAGAUAUGUACAUGUUUGCGAAAGUUCUAUAAGAACAAUGAUUAAUCCGAUUAAUAUAAUUUGCUAUUCUCUGUGAAAAAUCAAGCUACAAAGCUAUCCAGACGCCAAAUAAAUUGAUAAUGACUCUACAAUUAAUAAAGUUACGAUUAUAUUAGAAACUACCUUCACCCAUCUGUAAAAUAGAUGAAAAGUAUUUAUAUAAUACUUUUUAUCCAUUUAGUAUAUGGGUGAAGGUCGUUCCUAAUUCAGAUCUUGAGACUUAUUUCAGUAAUUCAAGUUGUCAUGAAUAGUAAGCUAAUACGAAUAAGUUCUGAGGCUUCUAAGAACGUCAAUCUGAUUAAAAGUAGAAGCCCAAAAUUGCGGAACAUUUUUUGUCUCUGUCUUAUUUAUUAGAUAGAGAACUAUAACAAGUAUCGUUAUGAUAUUAUCGUGACAUUCGGAAGAUAGUUUGGUUUGGGUUGUAAUAUCUAGUAAAGGAAGCGUACAGACGCGUUUGUGUAUGUACAUUGUACGCUUUAGCAAAGCAGAAACAAAUUUAUAAACUAACAGAAGCAGCGCGUUUUCACCCGCGUGGUUCCUAUUCCCGUAGGAAUACGGGGAUAAAAUAUAGCCUAUAAUAUUCGGAGAUAGUGUAGCUUCCAAACAGUGAAAGAAUUUUUCAAAUCGGUUUAGUAAUUUCAAAGCCUAUUCAAUGCAAACAAACAAUCAAAUCUUUCCUCUUUAGAAUAUUAAGUAUAGAUUAACAUAGUAGCUGAUAAGCAUCGGGUUAUUGAUAAACUGGCCAACGUAUCCUCCCCCUAUAUUACUAUACUUAACAAUGUGUUCCUGAUAUGCUGACUUUAAUUUAGUAGGAAUUCACACACAAACGCGUUUGUACCGUAACUUUCCAUCUCAAGGCAAUACUCAGUUAAAUACAGCAAAUUCACUACAAAGUUAUUUAUCGUUUACGUGUACUUUUUAAAUAAAAGUGU